AAUACAUUUUUAAUGCAGAACACUACUUACCUGAGGAGUAUGUGGAGACAGAGAAUUCAAAAAUGGUCUUCACCUGAUAGGUGUCUUCAAAGCACAGAUGAAGAAGCAAAAGCAACCUAAAAGAGGCUGGUGUUAAUCCAAAAAGAAAAAGAAUGGAAGAAAAGUUACAUAGUAAUUCAACCAUUGUCAAUGGUACAGCUGCUAACCAAAAACCUAUAGAAGGCCACAGCCUUUGGGAAGUAAUUACAAUUGCUACUGUAACAGCCAUUUUAAGCUUAAUAACCAUAGUGGGGAAUGUUCUUGUAAUGAUAUCCUUCAAAGUCAACAGCCAACUCAAGACAGUGAACAAUUACUAUUUGCUCAGUCUUGCUUGUGCAGACCUUAUUAUUGGAAUAUUUUCUAUGAAUCUUUAUACAUCUUAUAUAUUAAUAGGACACUGGUCUCUUGGAAGUCUGGCAUGUGACUUGUGGCUAGCCCUAGACUAUGUGGCUAGCAAUGCCUCAGUAAUGAAUUUGUUAGUUAUCAGCUUUGAUCGAUAUUUUUCAAUUACACGGCCAUUAACCUACAGGGCUAAACGCACACCCAGAAGGGCUGGUAUUAUGAUUGGCCUAGCCUGGCUCAUUUCUUUUAUUCUGUGGGCACCAGUAAUCUUAUGCUGGCAAUACUUUGUAGGGGAGCGAACUGUUCCACCUGGAGAAUGCCAGAUACAAUUUUUGUAUGAACCCAUCAUCACCUUUGGGACCGCAAUUGCUGCUUUCUAUAUCCCUGUUUCUGUGAUGACUAUUUUGUAUUGCCGCAUUUAUAAGGAGACUGAAAAACGCACCAAGGACUUAGCUGAGCUACAAGGCUCAAGUUCUGUGGCAGAAUUUGAAAUGAUAAAACCUCAGAAAACUCUGCUGAAGUCCUGCUUUAGCUGUAAGCAACAAAAUUUGGCCAAAAGGGAGAGAUGUCAGGCUUCAUGGUCAUCAUCCAGCCGAAGUAUUUCUGCAACAGCAAAAGCAUCAUCUCAGAUUCAAAACAUGUCUCAUGAUUGGUCAAAGACAGAUCAGCUAACCACCUGCAGUAGCUAUGCCUCAUCAGAAGAAGAAGAAAAACGUGCCUCUGAUCCUGUCUUUCAAGUUGCUUGUAGCACCCCAGAAAAAGAAAAUGAUGAUGAAAACAAAGAAGAGAAAAAAGAAGCCUUUAUCAAAGACCAUCAAGGGGAAAAUGACUAUGAGACCCAAAAAUACUUUCUUACACCAACCAAAGGCCAUGCUCAAAAAAGUAAUAAAUGUAUAGCUUAUAAGUUCCGCUUGGUGGUGAAAGCUAGUGGUGCUCCAGAAGCUAACAAUGGCUGCCGGAAAGUGAAAAUUACUCCUUGUUCUGCCACGUUAUCCAAGGACACUUCUGUCAGAAACAUGGACCCAAACAUAAAUAACCAAAUGACUAAAAGGAAAAGAAUGGUACUCAUAAAGGAACGUAAAGCAGCCCAGACUUUAAGUGCCAUUCUUUUAGCUUUCAUACUCACUUGGACCCCUUACAAUAUAAUGGUUUUAGUCUCCACAUUCUGCUCAGAUUGUAUUCCUCCAACAUUGUGGCACCUUGGCUACUGGCUAUGCUACGUGAAUAGUACUGUCAAUCCAAUCUGUUAUGCUCUCUGUAACAAAACUUUCAGAAAAACCUUUAAGUUGUUGCUCUUCUGUCAAUGGAAGAAGAAAAAAAUGGAAGAAAAAAUAUACUGGCAGGGAAAUACAAAGCUGCCUUAAUUUGAACUAAAGUGUUGAAAAAGAAUUGACCUUGGCCAAGCACUGUAAAUUAAAUUGGCUGCAAGUCUUUAUUUAUAAAGUUGUUGCUUUAUAUGUCUGCAGAUAAAAGAAGCACAAUUUGUGUGAUAUUAAAUAUAUACAUAUAGUUAUGAAGAAAGCAGAUGCAACAAUGAACAUUUCCAUAAUUGUGACAGCUCAAUAGAGGAUUGUUAAUGCUGACAUCAUAGAAAUUUCCUUCCACAGUUCUGCCAGACUGAGGACCAAGUCAAAAGACCUUAAUGAUGGUUAGUAGACUAGACCCUUACAUUCAUCAAGUUCUCCUUUUCAGAAAGUAACAUUAUGCCUUCCCAUUAGUUUUUCUUUUUCCCUAAGGCUUUGUCCAGUUUAGUUAUAGGUUGCAAACAGAACGAGGUGCAUACCUAUCUCUGCAAAAUUGUCUCCUAAAUGGAUGGAAGUCAAAGGAAGGCAAGUGUCAGUGAUCAGGAAUAAAUGGUUGAGAUAAUUUCCCAGUGAAUAAACUUGGUCAUGGAGUUGUCUGUGAGGCUAUACACUCAUCACAGAUUCCCCCCCCCCCCCUCUGUGUGGACAAGAAAUGUAGAGGAAAGACUGUAUGGUGUCUUUAGUAAAUGAGGGAAUCAAUUAUUUUGUCAAAGAAAUUCACAUCACAAGCAAAUAAGGGUAGAAAUUAAUUUUCUUUCCAAUGUUACUUGUUCAUAUUUAAGUGGUUUUGAAGGAGUUUGAGUUUUAAAACCCAGUGUAUUAAUCUAAAACAUUAAUGCAAAUCAAAUUGAUCUUUAUUACCUGCUUUUCACCUGCCUACAACCCCAUGUAAGGGUUCCAAGGCAAAGGUAAAAUAAAUUAUGAAUGUCUUCAUUGAUAUCCCAAAAUAACUAUGGUAAUACCCAGUCUUCAACACAUUUUAAUAGACCUAAGAUCUCAUCCACACAUGACAAUCUACAUGUAGCUUUUCUACAUUAGCUUGCCUUCUGUGUAGAUGUUUUAACAGCAUAUGAAGAAGUCUAUAAAGCCCCAUGAUUUCCGUGGAGCAUAAAAGUUCUUGUGGACUGCAUACCGGUACUUUACUAAUGAGUUGAAACUUGUUCAUGAAUAAUGUUAAUUACAAUUGUGUUCAUAGCAGUUCACUGCUUUAUCAAUAAGUACUGUACCUGGUUUUAGAUCUGGACUUCACUUUGACCUUCAAUAGAAACUAUCUUAGAAGUAAAUCCUUUUGAAAUUAAUUAACAAGGCUGCCAAUCUAUCUAAAAAGAUGAUAUUAAAAUAUAUUAGAUAUUGAGUGAAGAUUGGUUGAAGAUGGUUGCACAUAACAUUGCACACUUCGUAGCCAAAGUUUUACAAACCUGUUCACAAAUGUUUUAAGUCAAGUUUCUCUGUGAAUCACAUAAUCUGUAUCAGUCAAACAGUACAAAAUUUUUAAAAAGAAGGAAAAGGCAGUGAAAUCAUCUACCUCUCUGCUGUCUGGAUUUUUGAUGACAAUACUUGAACGCCUAAACCCACAGCACAAGUAGGUCAAUCCAUCAGGCAUCCACUGAAAGUUGCAGAGGAUGUGUCCCUUCUGAUUGGAGUGGAAGUAGCUGAAUUUUGUAUAAUACUGUAUCUAUUUUAAGCGUAUGUGCUUGUGGCACAUCACUGUUUUGAUGACCCGAUCAGAAGAAAGCAAUAACAGAUACUGAAAAGUCAAAAUAUACUAGCUGUUAUGGCUUGGAUCAAAAAGUCACAUUUAGAUCAGACCCAUGAAAUCAGUGAAACUUAACAUAGCGCUGACAAAUUGGUCCCAGUUACUUUAAUAGGACAUUCUAAGCCCAACCCCAUGGAAAUAGUUACCAGGGGUUAUAUCUAGACAAAAACAAAAGCAGGAGAUGGGUGGAAGAUAACUUUCCAACAUGUCUUUUCCCCAGCUGCUCUGUGAGCCUCCCCAAAAGCCACACUCAGGAUUAAAGAGCUCUUCCCAAUGGAAAGGGAUGCAGAUGAGGGGUAAUGUGGUUGCCAAAAAUGAAGCAGAAGCACCUUCCAUGAGCAGAGCUCCUGCCCAUGUAAGCUACCUGUACCUGGGUUAGGGGAAACAUCCACAGCAUUAUAUUCAGCAGGAUUUCCAAUCCAUGAAAGGGCUUUAAAGGAGGGCUGCUCAUGGGGGGAAGAAGUAAAAAAGUCAGCUUCUGCACACUUCCUUCUAUCAGCAUUUGCCUAGAUUCUACUCUAAGUGAAGAAAAACUGAUAAUCAUAAAAAAGCAUUUGAAGACCAAAAAUCUACUCCAUUGCCUGAUCCCUUAAAAGGGGUGGGAGAUCUGAUAGACACACUGAGCACCCCACAAGCUAUGGCUAUUUCAGUGGAAUAGUAAGUUCUUUGUAUGAAAAGUGAUUUCGUCUGAAAAUUAUGUCUCUGCUGAAGUGAAUAGAAAAGGUGAUUCAUGAAGUGCACAUAGGCUCCGGAUUGGGAAUUGACUAAGACCAGGGCCAGGCCAAAACAUUUCUUUGCCUAAGGUGAAGGACAGGACUGUGACCCUUCUCUAGCCAGUAUACAAAACCUAUCUGGAUUGGCAGUUAAAUCUUACUUUGACAGGCAAGGGGAUAGCAUUCUCCAGAACUCUUGUAGGGAGGGCAAGAUGGUUUGUGUGGCAUGUGCAGCUCUCUAGCAAAAAGCAGAGAGUUCAUGAAGAACAGUUUACCACUGUCCCCCAACAUCUGUCAUCUGAGGCCUGUCACUUCAACCUGCCUGGUGGUACUGCUGACCCUGUUUAAUACAAAAUCCAGUAAAACUGGAGCGGCAAAAUUUGUAUUAUUAGCUUUAAAAUUGUAGAGCUCCAAACUUUCAUGGGCACAUCGUAGUUCUAUAGCUGUCAAUGCGAGCUUCAGAUAUUCAUGCUUUCCUGGUCUUCAGUUUAAAAAUGGAUUCAGUUAACAAACACGCAUAUUAUGAUUAAGAAUGCAAGAAUGUGCAGGUUUGGGUGUAGGGUACAUCUUUGUAUCACAUCAUAUACAUCUAUAGCUUAGCAUGGUAAUUAGUUGUAAAAUGUAGUGUUGCACAGUUCAGAGAUAGCACAGUGGAUUUUAUGAGAGUUUUUGUACAUUUAUCAUUGCUUCCAAUGAAGUCAUAAGUGUUUUCAGUAAGAACUGGUAUACGAGAAAGAAAAGAUUUCUCCACAGCUAUAGAAUUUAAUAACAUCGUAAAUAACUUGACGAUAUGCAAGUUAUUUGAAAAGAUUCCCCAUUUUUUUCCAGAGGGAAUAAAUCUAAUUUAAAGUAGCUGUAUAAUAAUGUGAAAUGUGUGUUCUGGUUUCAAUAUGAUUAAUUAUAAGUAUUUUAUAUUGUGCCAGUUGUUUUUGGUGCUUUUGUGUAUAAUUGUUAAAGGAAAGUGCGGGUUAUUAUAGAGACCUCUGAAUAUUUUUUUCAUUCACCACUAUCAGAGCAUUUUCUGUGUAUAGUGUAUGUUUUGGGUUAUACUGGCUUAUUUUUUAAUUUGAACAAACAUUCAUAUGUGUAUGAUAUAUGUAUGUUUGAUUCAAAUUACAUGCACUUUAGUGACACAAGUUAUAUAAUACUGGCGAAAUGUAUAAGAGUGUAAAAGUUUUCUGCUACCUGCAAUGUUACUGCAAUGUUUCUGCUAAAGAAAGCUUUGCCUUCUAGUAUUGAAGUUCAAUGGGAAGUUAUUUUUGUCACUAGUUUCUGUUCAACAGGAAUGUUUUAUAAAUAUUUAUAGUCUAUUUGUUGCGUAGAUGUGUAAGACUACACAGUGGUGGAUGCCAAAGUAUCAGUUAAGUGUAACUCUUAAGUAUAUACUCAAUCUAUGCUGCUAACAACUGAAACAUUACACUGCCAAACUCUGGGAUAUAUUGUAAAUAUCUGGAACCAUAUUAAACAUUGGAGUGUAUUUAUCUUUCCCCCCCAAUAUGUUUGAAUAAUGAGAAAGGGAAACUGAGAGCUUCCAAUAACAAUGUAGAAAUUCCACCUUUUGUUUUAACGCUUCUGAAUAUCCAUUUUGUAUGUCUUGAGAGCAGUAUGAGAUCUGUGUCAUGCUAACUGGAUUGCACAGUGCUCCAGCUGUGUUUGUAGAAAAGAACCAAGUGAGAUGGCUGAAUUAUGUAGUUGCAAUUCUGUCUAUUGCUGAAGCAAAAAUUAAAGGCUUCCAUUACAGGAUGAUUCUAAGGUUGAUGCUGACUUACAGAAAUUUAUAUGGAUUUCAUAUGAGCAGCAAAAGCAGACAGGUAUUCCAAGGAAGCAUGGACUGUGUAACACCUUGUGACGAAUAAAAAUCUCCUAAAUAGAGAGAAACCAGCCAAGCACUUGCUGAUAUGUAUUAUCAUGAUGUAUCCCAUUCUGUCCUUUAAAACAAGUCAGAAGUACUAACCAGCAGUGACAACUGUCAGAGGAACCACCCCCAAAUGGCUGCCUUACUUUACAGGCAUACUAGUGAGGGUGUAGUCCAUUAUUCCUCUUCUGAAAUAAGACUCAGCAUGCCACACACUGCCAAGGAAGCAUUCUGCUAUUGGGAUGAAGACUCAGUUUGUGGUUGUCAUUUUUAUUCAUGAGGAUCUUCAGGUAACUGUGCAGAGACUUGUCCAGCCUCACCAUUAGAAAGCUAUCUGUACUUGAAAGGAUGGAGAUGGGUUACAAGAAUCUUUGGAUAUGACACACUACAUUUCCUGCUGUUCCCCUUAUACUUUGUGACUUCUAAUCUAGCUCUUCUGGAUGUUGCUGUUUUUCUCUCUUCUUAAAAAAAUUGUCCUCCAUUUGAAAAUUUUAUCCUGCAUUUG